GCGGCCCGUUACUGCAAGUCCUCUUCUCCCGUCGGAUUACAGCCGAGGCAGCACGCUAAGAAACGAUUACCGGGACAUAAAACGUCGAAUAAAGCCAAGACUUCCCAUCCCAGAUACCAAAGUGAGAAGAGACCCCUUUAAUAGAGAAAUGGAUCAGUCUUUGCCAAACCGUCAGCAAGGAGGAGCCCCUCAGCAGGCUGCACCAGUGGGGGCCUUCAGGCAGGGCAAUAUUCCCACUCUGGAGAGAGGCAUCAUCAGCGGAGACAAUGUCCAGUUUGGGAGGCUGCGUCAACACACACGUUUGUCCCAGUCGGAGAGCCAGAGCUCUGGGGCUGAAGAGGAGUGGUUGAGCACCUCUAUGGAAGCGAGCGGUUCCUAUAGUCAAAGCCCCGUCCUCCAGGGCAUGCAGGCAGAGGGAAUCUGGCACCACCGCAGUGCUUACGAGCAGGCAGAGAGCAACUACCAACGCCGCCUCGCCUCAAAUGGCAACGGACCGCUGUCAUCCUCUCCGAGGAGUCCCAACACCAGAGGCUACUUGACCUUCCAGUCCAGACGUACCCGCGGCCAACAGCAGGAUCAUGGGUUCCCCAUCACCACUGUCAAGGCCUCUGGUACUCCCCACCGUCAGUACAGUAGAGGCCGCAAUCGAGCCUCCUCUGAGACCGAACAGGGGGGCAAAGGCAGCCGGGGGCCGACCCGGAGGAAGAGAGUCCUCUCUGAGACGGAAAGCAGGCCCACAUGGGACAAGUAUGGCACCUCUCACACAGGGAAUGGGAGAGACAUUACCAACAUGAGUGGACUGCAGUGCCUCGCCUCGGAGAACAUCUGGUUCGACAAACACAGCUACGAUGAGGCAGAGAAGUGCUUCUACGAGGGAGCCAAUGGACUCUCCACACAGCAGCGCCAGGGGAAAAUGGCCAUGCAGCAGGGUAAAGGGCGCCAGCAGAAACGGCAGCACAGAAACUCAUCCUCACAUGCAGGAGGAGACCAGGAGCUGGUUUCACGCAUGAAAAGCCUGGAACUGGAGAACCAGACUCUGCACAAAGUGGUAAAGGAGAUGAGAGCAGCCCUGCAGAAGCUGGAGUCCAGAGUGGUUGUGCUGGAAAAGAGCCCAGCAGCCGUCCCGUGUGUUAAGGCUGCUCCAGUCCAGGCUGCUCCAGUCAAACAAGUGGAAAAUGGUGGUGAUGCUGACGAUGACGACAUUGAUUUGUUCGGCAGUGACGAUGAAGAUGAGGAGGCAGCACGUCUCAAGCAGGAACGCCUGGAUGCCUACGCAGCCAAGAAGUCCAAGAAACCUGUCCUCAUCGCCAAGUCAUCUAUCCUGUUGGACGUAAAGCCCUGGGACGAUGAGACUGAUAUGGCGAAGCUGGAGGAGUGUGUGCGCUCGGUGCAGAUGGACGGGCUCCUGUGGGGAGCAUCCAAACUGGUGCCAGUUGGUUACGGCAUCAAGAAGCUGCAGAUCAACUGUGUGGUCGAGGACGAUAAAGUUGGCACUGACAUCCUGGAGGAGGAGAUCACCAAGUUUGAGGACUAUAUCCAGAGCGUAGAUGUUGCUGCCUUCAAUAAGAUCUAAGCUCCAUCAGCUCUUUACCUGCUCCACCAAAGUGUUGCUGCUGCUCCCGGCUUGCACAGUUAUUAAAAUGCUAAGUUUUGAGCACAAA